AUGAGUCAGCCCAUGCCGUAUGGUGGCUUCCGGUGGUAUAAAGGAGCAGACCCUCUGGCUGACCUCCAAUCGUUUUCGGACACUGGUAAUACGGGGCGUAUAUAUGAAGAGGACGUAUCGUAUCCACAAGAGUUGCAUGACGAGCACAACAACUUGCCGUUCUUGCCUGUCAACGAUGUACCGCCGGGUUCCAAAGAGACCAAACUCAUGGCCACUUUGAAACCCAAACAGCGGUACGUCGUACACUAUGUCAACUUAAAACAGGCAAUCGCACACGGACUGCAAGUCGAUAAAGUGCACCGAGUUUUAGAGUUUCAACAAAGUGCUUGGUUGAAACCAUACAUUGAGUUGAACACUGAAAUGCGGAAAAAGGCGGCAAAUGCUUUUGAAAUUGCAUUUUUCAAACUAAUGAACAAUGCCGUCUUUGGGAAAACAAUGGAGAACAUGCGGAAACGCAUCCGUAUUGAGCUAAUCUCCAGUCCCGAACGUCUAAGCAAGCUCGUAAACCAACCAACCUUCAACGACUGUAUCAAAUACGGUGAAAGGUUGUGCGCCGUCAUAAUGGACACAAAGAUGGUCAAGUUUAUCAAACCAAUAUACGUCGGUUUAGCAGUGCUUGACAUUAGCAAGACGCUAAUGUACAAGUACUUCUACGACGUAUUGAAACCACAUUAUGGCAGUGCAAUCGAAUUGGUUUACAUGGAUACUGGUGAGUACAACCGUACAGUAGAAAUAUUUUUUAUAUUUAUAUAUUUUUAAUUUUUCUCAGACUCCUUCAUAUACCUGCUCAGAGUAGGCGACUUCUACCAGGAUUUAGCUGGUAGCCCCGAUUUACUGGUGCACGUGGACGCAUCUAGCCUGCCCAAGGAUCACCCUUGCUACUCCACCGAUAGAAAGAA